AUGGUAUUGAAGGGAACCGUAAGAGCGAUUGGGUCGAGUAAACUGAAGCCGCUUUUCGUCAACAGACCGGUUAGCUUGAGCAGCAGAAUGUCGCAAAAUUUGUCAAUAACGUACGAUGUCGAGAGGCAGAAGGAAUUGAUUGGUCGGUAUGAAAGAGUUAAGAAGAAUUGCGAAAGAUGUGUUGUUGGCAACUCGAAAGGAAGUGAUGAUGUACUAGUUUUGGCAGUUUCAAAGUUGAAGCCGGUUAGCGACAUAAGGAUUUUGUAUGACCAUGGUGUAAGACAUUUUGGUGAGAACUACGUACAAGAACUGGUGGAAAAGGCGCAUAUCUUGCCCCCAGAUAUUCAAUGGCACUUUAUCGGUGGUCUACAGACUAACAAAUGCAAGGACCUGGCUAAAGUGAAGAACUUGGCUUUUGUAGAGACUAUUGAUUCGCUGAAGAAAGCAAAGAAGCUGAACGAGGCUCGUCUGAAGUUCAAUGCUGACGCGAGCCCUAUAGCUUGUAACGUGCAGAUAAAUACUUCGAAUGAAAGCCAGAAGUCGGGUCUGCAGGAGGAGGAAGAGAUUUUUGAGAUUAUAAGGUAUUUCCUGGAUGAAAACACCAAGAACAUUACGUUGAAUGGGCUCAUGACGAUCGGUUCGUGGGAAACAUCGCAUUUGGAAGACCCGAAUGAGGAGAACGCCGAUUUCAAAAGAUUAGCCGAAUGGAAGGAGAAGAUUGACGCCAAGUUUGGUACUAAUUUGAAGCUCUCUAUGGGGAUGAGCUCUGAUUUUGAGAAAGCCAUCAAACAAGGAACAUCGGAAGUGAGGAUCGGUACCGACAUCUUUGGCAGUAGGCCACCUCGGAGUGAGGCAAAAUUGAUUUGA